AUGGUCCUAAAACUGUACUACUUGGAAGAUGGGCCGCCUUCCCUCUCAUGCAGGCAAACCUUGGAGGCGUUGGGGGUACCCUUUGAGAUCGUCAACGUUAGCUUUUACCAUGGCGAGCAUAUGACUGAGGAAUUUGCAAAGAAAAACCCACAAAAGGAACUGCCAGUACUGGAAGAUGAUGGGUUCUUCUUAAGCGAGAGUGUCGCCAUGAUGCAGUACAUAUGCGACAAAUUCAAGCCGAACAGCCCGUUGUACCCGACAGACUCAAAAGCAAGGGCUAUAAUCAACCAUCGGCUGAUGUUCGCCAUGACCACAUACUACGCAGAGCUGUUAAAUUAUUUCAUUAUGCCGGUUUAUUUCAAAUACGAGCGUACUCCAGAGGUGUUGAAGCGUGUGCACCGUGCUCUAGACUUGUUUGAAACGUACCUGGAGCGCGAGAACACCAGCUAUGCUGCUGCCAACCACCUCACCAUCGCUGACUUCCCUCUCAUCAACGCCACUAUGGCUAUGGAAGUCACUGAUUUCGACUUUUCUAAAUACAAAAGGAUAACAAAAUGGUACAAUGACUUCAAGAAGAAUCAGCCUAAACUAUGGAGCAUCACGGCCGAGGGUAUGAGAUUGAUGAGGAAAUGUGUAGAAAACCCACCAGACCUAUCACACUUAAACCACCCUAUACAUCCUGCGAGGAAAGCCGAAUAG